AGUUUCAUGUUUCACAGUCCCAUCCCUGCUCACACUGCUCCAGUGCUACUUCCUCUUCCAUCACAUAAAACCCUAGUAAAUCCAAUUGGGGAUUUUUUUUUUCUAGAAGAGGAUUGAAAGUGAAAAAAAGGAAAUAACAAAAUGAAGAAUAUUCCUCUGAUUCUAAUGGGUUGUGGAGGAGUUGGUCGUCAACUUCUCCAACACAUUGUCUCGUGUCGUUCUCUUCACUCUACACAGGGGCUGUGCUUGAGAGUUGUAGGAGUCGGUGAUAGUAAAUCUUUGGUGGUUACGGAGGAUUUGCUGCAUGAGGGGUUGAAGGAUGGCUUCUUGUUAGAACUUUGCCGGGUCAAGAGUGUCGGCGAAUCUCUAUUAAAACUUCUUGAUUUUGGGAAAUGCCAGGCAUUUGUGCAUCCGGAGUCACAAGGAAAGAUUCUAGAGAUUGCAUUUCAACUUGGUAAAAAGACAGGUUUGGUAUUUGUAGAUUGCUCUGCUAGCUCUGACACUGUUGCGGUGCUAAAGCAAGCGAUUGAUAUGGGUUGUUGUGCUGUUAUGGCAAAUAAGAAGCCUCUUACAUCUACAAUGGAGGAUUUUAAAAAACUUUUCAUCUAUCCACGUCGUAUUCGGCAUGAGUCAACUGUAGGCGCUGGUCUUCCUGUGAUAGCAUCACUGAAUCGCAUAAUCUCUUCUGGUGAUCCCGUUCAUCAAAUUAUUGGGAGUUUGAGCGGGACAUUGGGUUAUGUAAUGAGUGAGGUUGAAGAUGGAAAGCCAUUGAGCCAAGUUGUUAGAGAUGCUAAAAGUUUGGGGUAUACUGAACCAGAUCCACGUGAUGACCUUGGUGGAAUGGACGUCGCUAGAAAGGCUUUAAUACUUGCUCGAAUACUUGGCCAUCAAAUUAAUCUGGAUAGCAUUCAGAUUGAGAGCUUGUAUCCCAAAGAAAUGGGGCCUGGCGUAAUGACUGUUGAAGACUUCUUGAACCGUGGACUCUUGUUGCUUGAUAAAGAUAUUCAAGAUAGAGUUGAGAAGGCAGCUUCAAAUGGAAAUGUGUUGCGCUAUGUCUGUGUGAUCAUGGGUUCAAGGUGUGAAGUUGGUAUUCAGGAGCUUCCAAAGAAUUCUCCCUUGGGAAGACUAAGAGGAAGUGAUAAUGUGUUGGAAAUAUAUACUCGAUGCUAUAGUAAACAACCACUGGUUAUUCAAGGUGCUGGAGCUGGAAAUGACACUACUGCUGCUGGGGUUCUUGCUGAUAUCGUAGAUAUUCAAGACUUAUUUCCUUGAAGGGAAAUUUUUGUGAGCCAUCCUAAUUAAAGAAUGUAGAAGGUACAGCUGCUAAAGGUCUUGCCCUGGAUUGUAGCUGAUGCGCGUUUCUCUUUGGUUGUGCAUUGUGAAAGAUUGGAUACACAUUGUUCUGAAGCAAGAAUAAAUAAGUAGCUUUUAUGUUUUUUGGGAUAUUUGACAUGAAAUUUGUGUAAACGUCCAUGCAGAACCAGACACACUGAAAUAAAAUGAAUUCUGCAUUUCACCUGUGUAUUUUACUGUACAGGGUGUUCAUCACUAUUUGUAAUAGGUUAAAGGUACAAGAUUAAUGAAAGGAAUUUCUAAUGAAUGAUGAUGCUAA